AUGACCGCCUGUGAGGGGAGAAAAGGAGGCGCUGGGAAGGGCCGGCAGCACCGGAUGGUCCCGGGUGCUGUCACCGUGUGCAGAGCACCCCCGCACAUAACUCGAGCAGCCCCCGAAACGAAACCCAGGCAGCGCCCGCCGGGCUGGAGCACGGCCCGGCCGCCCGAGCGACCGGGAGCUCGGCGGAGAAAGCUGCAGAACGGACCCGCCCGCGCCCAGCCCCGGCAGGGCCGGGGAGGGAGCCCGCGGGAGCCGCUGCCGCAGGGAACAGCGCGGCACCGAAACCGAGCCGAGGCCAGGGACGCGGGGCCGGAGGCGGCGGCACAAAAUGGCUCCUCCCGGCCCGCCCUCCAGCUCACCUUCACCCUGGGCCCCGCCGUGGCCCCCCCGCGCCCCGGCCAAUCCGCGCCCGCGGCCCCGCCCCCGCCCGCCCGCGGGGCCAAUUCGCGCCCGCGGGGGGCUCGGGGGGCUCGCGCGGACCCGCGGGACGGAGCGGCCGUGGGGGCUCCGCGCGCCCCCCGCCCGCUCUGUCCGCCGGGCCGGGAGCGCAGCGCCCGCCGCCACCGCGGGGCGGGGGAGCAACAGCAACAACAACACCGGGAGCGCGCCCCGCCGCCCCGCACUCACAGCUGGGAGCGCGCCCCGCCGCCCGGCACUCACAGCCUGGAGCGCGCCCUGCCGCGCUGCGCCCCGCGGGAGCCGCCGCUGGAGCCGGGGUUGGGGUCGGUCGGGCCAGACAGCUUCCCUGACGGAUCGCAGAGCCCCGGGAGCCAGCGAGGAGCUCUCUCGGCGGGUCCCUGGCCGUGCCAGCGCUGCCCCUGCGGGCUCUCGGGGAAUGCAGCGCUGCAGAGCCGCAGCGGCUCCUCCGAGGACGCCUCGCCCCCGCUCCCGGAGCUUCCCUGCAGCCUCCCGUGA